AUGCUGGCAGGAAGGCGCGUGGAGGAUCUUCCGACUCCGGCGUUCACCGUGGACCUUGACGUGGUGAAGAGGAACACGCAGGAGAUGGCGGAGCGCUUUCGGGCCCUGGGGGUGAACUUGAGACCUCACAUGAAAACCCACAAGUCCCUAGAGGGUGGAGACCUCAUGACAGGGGGCACGCGGCGAAGGAUCGUCAUCUCCACUCUGGCCGAGGCCCGCUUCUUUGCCGACGGAGGGUUUGAUGACAUCCUCUACGCCUACCCGCUGCCCUUUGACAAGGUGGAAGAGUGCGCCACCUUGGCGGAGCGGCUGGAAAGCUUCCACGUGCUGGUAGACAGUGCCGAAGCCCUGGCCUUGCUGAAGGGGAGGCCGUUGCAUCGGGGGAAGCGCUGGAAAGUGUGGCUGAAGAUCGACUGCGAGAACAAACGAGCCGGCGUAAGGCAUACCGACCCAGCUGCCCUCGAGCUGGCCCAGGCGAUUGCAGCGGGACCUAUGGAGUUGGCGGGGGUCUAUGCCCAUUGUGGGAACUCUUACCACUGCCAGGGGGUGCCUGAAAUCCAGUCCGUGGCUCAAACCACCACCGAGAUGGUCCUGCAGUUCAUGGAGAAGCUGCGGGAAGAAGGGAUUCCCUGCCCUGUGGCCAGCAUCGGCUCCACCCCGUCCUGCAGCCGCCCCGUGCCUGAGAUGGCCAAGCUUCAGGAAGUCCAUCCCGGGAAUUACAUCUUCUAUGAUGUCCAGCAAAUGACGAUUGGGUCUUGCCAGCUGACGGACAUUGCGGUCCGGGUGCUGACCAGGGUGAUCGGCCACUACCCGCAUCGGAACCAGAUGCUCGUUGACUGCGGAUGGACCGGACUCAGCCUCCACAGUCUGGGCCAGCUGCCCACGGGCUACGCCCUUGUGGAGGGCCACCCCAAUCUCAAGUUGGUGGGAAUGAGCCAGGAGCAUGGACGGGUCGAGGCCGUCACAGGGAAGCUGGAUUUGGCACAGUUCCCUCUGGGAAGCCUCCUGUCUCUGAUCCCUUACCACGCUUGUGCCACAGCGGCUAUGCACCCCGUUUACUACGUCCACAUCAAGGGCCAGGUGGUGGCCACGUGGAAGCCGGUCAAAGGGUGGUAGGAAGACUCA